GAUCUUCGUUUUUCCUUUUCAUUAUUCCCGACACUGGAGUCUGGACCCUCUCAUCUUCAAAACUAACACAAAUCUAUACACUACAUAAUAUUAUGCCAUAUAAAUUAAAAAACCCCUAAUUUCCUUCUUCUCAAAUCUCUUAAAUCAUCACUCUUUUCCUGCAAUCCAAACAAACAAAAACUCUCUCUUUAUCUGUGACACCAACCAACCAAGCAGCAACCCCCCCCUGCAUAAAUGAUCAGAUUUUAAUAAAUCGGAGAAGGGAUAUUAAUGGAGGCUAACAUUUGUGACAUCAAUCACUUGGAUGCGGAUGUCCUCCUGCCUCCCCGGAAGCGCCUGCUUGCAGGAUUUAAGAAACAGGCAUCCAAUGCCAAUGGUGCUUCAGAUCAGCCUGCAGUGGCUUCUUCCUCUUCAUCUCCUCCUUCACCUUCACCUUCACCUUCACCUUCACCCUCACCCUCACCCUCACACUCGCCUUCUACUUCUUCAAGUGAUGUUAAUGACCAUCUUAAAAAUUUAUUGAUGAGUUCCCAUUUAUAUAACCCAAAUCUUUCUCCUGAGGAGAUUUUGGAGGCCUCAAGAGCAGCAGCUACAUCUGCUGCUAAAGCUGCUGAGGCUGCCAGAGCUGCUGCAGAGGAGAAGGCUGCAAUUGCAGCUAAAGCUGUUGCUGCAGCUAAGAAUGCAUUGGACAUGGUAGCAAAAUUUUCUGAAGACACGAUUAAUAAGGAAAGACACCUAAAAAAGAAUAAGCUCAAGAAACAUGUCCCUGUUCAACUCUUGUACAAGAAACACGAACCAAUUGAGAGUCCUAGGACAGAUGAAGAGUUAGCACGGAAGUUGCACCGAGCAAUCAACAGUUCCCCAAGAAUCUCAAAGAAUUCACCAACUUCUGAAUGGAGAGGUCAUAAACAUAAAAGGCCUAAGAUCAUGCCAACUCUUGAGAAAAAAAAAGCUUCCAAUGGGGGUAUUGUAUUGGGAGGAAGCCCGUCUUCUACAUGCAAUGGAGGUUCUAUAGCAGGUGAAAUUGAUUCUGGGGACUCAAUGGAAGAAUCAGUUAAAGCAGAGGCAAAGGGUGCUAAAUAUGAAAAAUCUGGGAAAUCAGAGUUGGAUAAUGGUGAAGCAGAAUCAAGCCAUUUGAAGGAAAAAGCUUGUGACGAUGUAACCCCUAGUAAAAAAAGGGGAAGAAUGAAGUUAAAGAGGCUGCCCUUAAGCAUUUGUUCCUUUAGGGAUCGAGUGAAUCCCAAGGAAGAUAUGAUUACUAAGAGCUCUCUAUUGACUGAAAAGAACAUGGAUAAUUCUACUGCUGCUGUUAAGACCUUUUAUUCUUUGGAGCCCUCUGAUGAUGGUGUUAUUUCAAUCGAAGGUAUGCGGAAAUGCCAGGAUUUCAAGGCCCCUGCAUGUAUCAAACAAAACAAAGUCAUGCAAUCAUAAUAUUCAAAUCCUGUUCUUGUAACAGGUUGCUUCAAGGGUUGAGGUUAAUAGCUGAGGUAGGAUUCAUAAUUUUCUUUUAUAGGAAAUUAGGAACGACUUUACUCCAUUUAUCUCUUUGCUCGUUACUGGUUUUGUAAGGAAGUUGAAUUGACAGAAUGUAUAUUUGAAUGUUCAAUUGCUUGCCUCUACACUUUACUAAUAGUGCUUGCUGCAUAAAAUGAUAGCAAUAUUUGGAUUUGAGAUAAAGAGGAAUGCAAUAAAUUUAGAUGUUUUUGUUUUGUUGCA